ACGCCCACUCGCGGGCCGGCGAGUGGGCGUCACGCACGACGCCGGGCUGCGCCACGUCGCCGAGGCGCGUGGCGAGCCAGCUCGUCUCCUGGCUCGGCGAGACGAGUCGCGCGACGAGACGCGCGACGAGACGGGACGAGAUGGAGGCUGCAACGCGUCUCGCCGGGGUCUCGUCUCGCUGAGACGAGACGCGAGACGCCGGCGAGUCCCGUUGUGGAUGGUCUAACACCAUAAAUUCAACUACUCUUAUAAAUGGCUUCGCCAAAUACAACGUAAUCCUAUAAAUAUACCUCUCCCAAAUAAGAUUUCGCUACAUGUACUAAAUUUAUUUAACAUGAAGACGCUUUUCUUCGUCCUCAUCCUCGUCCUGAUUCCGGCCAAUGCCGCGGCCGCGUCGUCCAAGAGCCAGUUCCUGGCCGUGCAUAACGCGGCCAGGGUGGCCCUGCGGCUGCCGCCGCUGGCGUGGGACCGGCGGAUAGCGCGUUACGCGGCGACGUACGCGUGGCGGAGGCGCGGGGACUGCGAGCUGCGGCACUCGGGGGGGCCCUACGGGGAGAACAUCUUCUGGGGGAGCGGGGGCGCGUGGACGGCGGCGGAGGCGGCGGCGGACUGGGUGGAGGAGCGGCGGCAGUACAGCUACAAAUCGAAUUCGUGCGCGGACGGGCAGCAGUGCGGGCAUUACACGCAGAUUGUGUGGCGGGAGACGACGAGGAUGGGUUGCGCCAAAGUAGUGUGCGACGGUGGAAAGGGUGUUUUCGUCAUUUGCAACUACGAUCCGCCGGGGAAUUACGUUGGAGAGAGGCCUUAUUGAUUGAUUAACUUCAUUUCGCUACACUAUAUGGUAUAUAUGAUUUUUAAUUAAUACUACUCCUAAUGCAUAUAUAUAUAUAUAUAUAUAUAGUAGUGUUAAACUCCUUUUCUCCCCUUAGAUUUAUAUAUAUACAGGGACGUAUUCAAGUUCAACAUGUAAAUAUUGUCCAAACAUUGAACCGAAUCUCAAUCCCACAAUUUUGUCGGUCAGAUUAAUGCCACGUGUCAUUUAAUACUGUAGAUUUUCAUCAUAAUAAUGUACACCGACUAAUAAUGUAGCAUUAUAGUCUAAUAAUGUAGAUUUUCAUUCCACUAAUGUACACCGACAAAUAAUGUAGAUUUUUUUAUCAAAUAAUGUAGCUCGACUAUUUUGAUCACAACCAUCAAAUUCAAGGAUCCAAGGGCUGUGAUCUGUUUGAAGCUUAACACCAAAGAGUUGUGAGGAGGACCCUAAUACCCCUAUAUAUAUAUAUAUUUUUUUUUUUUCUUUUUUGGGUUGUUUGUAACUACGUAUAUACUCCCUCUGUCCACGAAUAAGAGUCUGGUUUUUCUAUUUUAGU